UUCACCUAAUGCACCCGUGCGCUAGGUGAAGCCGACUUGGGGAAAGGUGACGCUUACCAAAACAAUCCACAAUAUCCGACGUACCCGGCGUUCAGUAACAGCGGAUACGUCGAUCUGACGUACCCGAUUUAGGUUUGGUUUGAAUACAUCGGCCUGACGCAUGGCCCGACGUAUCCCUGUGCGAGCGCAUCUGAGUCCGUAGUAUCCACGGGCUCCGCUCCGACGUACCUCUAGGCUCUAGCGCUAGACACUGCGAUUUUGUAUUGUGUGAGUGUUUGUGGUUUUGAGACACAUUGGUGACCGCACCAGCAGCACUGUCCGUACGGUGUUAUAUUCCCUGCAAGUCGUGAUCACUUUGUUUGAUCGCUCUUUCUUUUCCCCCCACCCCCCCUCCUUUUUUUAUUUGGCAUCUAUUGCAUCUGCAAGGACACCUGCAAAUCUGCUGAUGGACCGUGUGGUUUCUGUGAGUGGGCAUGUUCCGACGACCCACGACGUUUUUCUUGGUCCUUGUGAUAACUGUCGUUGUGUUCCUCAAUUGCCGAUGGGGGUGGCAACGGCUGGCAUCCGACUUUCGAAAUUUUUGUGCCGGGGACAUAGUAGACUUCACAUUUUCGGAUAAUAUAACUGGUUUCGGAUAUGCCGUUGUGCCAAACUUGGUUCACUUUGUGCAUCUCGGCAGUUCAUCGCUGUCGUUCGUGGAAGCAAUAUGCAUUCGAGCAGCUUGGAUUCAACAGCGUCCAGACAAACUGUGGAUCCACUGCGACAUGUGCCACACCAUCCGGGAGGGUACGUAUUGGCCCUUCGUCCAGAGCAUUCCAGGCUUGGAAAUUCGUAGCAUACGACGACCUCGCUAUGUUUUUGGGAAAAGACUGAGCUCCAUAUAUCAUGCUUCGGAUGUAGUACGGUUGAAAAUCUUGCUCCAGCAUGGUGGUAUUUUUCUCGAUGGAGACUCUUACCUAGUGAGGUCUCUGGAUCCGUUCCGUCAUUUUGAGAUGAGUCUGGGUUGGCCGCCCCAAAUGGCUCUGGGCACGCAAGUGCUGGUGGCACACAAAAACUCAAGGUUUCUGCGACUCUGGUACGAGUCGUAUCGUUACUACAGACCACAGCGCUGGUAUUGGAAUGCAGGGCAGCUGCCUACGGAAAUGUUCCUCGUGACCCGACCACAAUUGGUACACAGAGUACCCUGGGACUUUGGAGUGCAUGACGUGACACGACUACUCUAUGCAGUCUGCUCGAAUGACUGGCGGCGCUUCUAUUCGAUUCACCUACUUUUUCGUCAUCGUCACUACCUUGUAGCAAAUUCCACGUCACUCGAUGAAAGAAGCAUUGUCACUUACAACAAGACCUUUGGCCACAUGGCACGGCUGGCUUUGUACGGCACUACACGGCAAAGCAGCAUCAAGAAUGCCCAGUGGUUUCUACACAAUCAACUGGAAUAUGGUGGUUGUGACUGAGAGGUACCUACAUGCAGAGCUGACUGCUCCAACAGUCCGUACAGCCAGUGCUGCUCAAGUUUUAGGAGAGGAAUUUAGAUGAAAAUAGACAAAGACGUGGACACGAAGAAAGUGUAACUAUUCUGAGGCUGGAACACACAAGCUGACAAGAACAACACAAGCCUCAAGGUGCCUAAGAACACGAAAUAUCAAUAUUUUGUUCUUACAAGGAUGUGGCAGACAAACAUAAUGAAAUAGAGCUAAGGAACACAGAUGAAGAAGAGAAGACAGUAUAAGCACUCCCCUUCUUUGUUCAUGUUAUACCCCUGUCACACGGGCAUUUUCGAUCCUGCUCGACCGAACCUGCUUGAACCCAAUGCAGAUCGGAUGGUGCUACACGGCAGGAUCGAACUUUGAUCCUGCUUGACUCAAGACAGUUCCCAUAACAGGAUUGAGAAUUUCAAGACUGCUCGACGGCCGCCAUUUGCAUCCUCGACCCCGGUGAACUGUCAUAACUUAAGACGGACAUGCGCGCGAAGCUACAAAUGAUGCUUACAUCGGUAUACGAUAAAUUACCACUAAUAUCGCUGUUAUAUAGGAAACGCGAAAUUAAUGAGUUCCGUUUAUUCAUUUGCACAGGUCAACCAUUCAAUGCGCAUUGAAAGUGGCCGUGUAGCAGCGUCAAAACUCGAGCGUGCUCGGGAAGUUCAAUGCAGAUCGGAUUCGAGAAGGAUCGAAAUGCCCGUGUGACAGGGGUAUUACUUAGUGAUACCAUUAUCUUGGACAUCCAAUUUGCAGACGUUUCUGUGCCGAGGCUUUACUGUGGUAGCAGCACAGGAGAAAAAUUUGUGCACCACUUUUUGAUCACACACAGAAAAGCUCGUCAUGCAGACAAUGUGUGUCAGUAAAUAAAUGCUUGAGGUUUGUAUGUA